ACACACAUAUAAAGUAGAAACAUAGUGAAGUAUUGCAGUCCUAGUAAAUAUAAAGUACAACAUUAGUAGUAUAACAUAUAAAAGAGAGUGAAGUACUACAAAGUGGAAGUAUCAGUGUACAGUAGUGUUGUACAGUACAUGACACACACAAGGGGAGGGGAGUUUUGUGGUCUCCAAAACUUCCUGCAAUGACAAAAGUUGCAGUGAGUCACGUUUGUUUCACACGAAAAGACACAUGAUGAAGGUGAAGAUGAAGAUAAAGAUACAGAUAAAAAAAUAAGAUGUGGAUGAAGAUGAGGAUGUGAUGAUGAGUCAUGAUGAUAUGGGCAGAACGCACACACACACACACACACACACACACACACACACACGCAAACACACACUCAGAUGCUGAUCACACAUGGCGGCUCUUUGGCGAUCAUGGAUCAAAAUGUCUGCCAUGACGCUGCUUCUGGUGCAUCUCUGCAGAGGCCAGACGACUUGUGCCAUCUGGUCCAGCAUUGGCACCGUAGUCCAGCGAGGUUCCAGUUUUGACGUGUACUGCACCUUCUUCACCUGCGAGUGUGACCGCUCCAUGUUCAGCGGUCACCCGCCCGCACCGCUGCUCUUCGUUGUGGUCAACUCCAGUACGACGCGCUUCCACGUGGACAACAUCACGGACGACAGAACCUACAGCUGUCGAUGCAGAUGUCGGAGACCGUUGGAGCCCUGCGGCCUCGACAUCUGGGUUGAAUAUCCUCCAGAGCCCCCUGCAAGUAUUUCAUGUGAGUACGAAGUACUCAGUACUGAGAAAGGAGUUUUGUAUUGUUGGUGGGACAAAGUACAAAGAAAUCCUUCUCAAAGUUCUGAGUUGUGUCUGACAAGUGUAUCAGAGUACGAAGAGACCCACAAAGUGCCGUUGGGUCCAUCAGACAACGUGUUUACCUUCAACAUGUCCAACAAAGUCCAGCGGGUGUUGCUGUCGCUGCAGACGCACUACACUCUGGGCUCCUCCGUGUCCCAACGCAACUACACACUUGCUGACAUCGCAAGGCCGUGCGCUCCACAGCUGGGGGGUGUAGAGUGCUGGUCCAGAGGCUGCAGGGUCACAGUGUCCCCGUGUGUGAGGUCAUCAGAGGUGGACGUGCAGCACGCCAUGGAGGGACAACACUCAUGGAGCACUUGUCAGCUUGCUGAGGGACAACUUGGUCUGGAUCAAAUCUGGUCCGCUUCCUCUCUGGACCCGGGCAGCUUGUACCGAUUCAGAUCCAGAGCCAGAUUCAGUACGGGCCUGUGGAGCAAGUGGAGCAGAGUCAGGACCGCAUGGACUCAGGAGGAAGUUCCUGACAAAGUACUCGACGUGUGGUACAUCCAACCUUCCUCCACGCUCGCCUACAUCACCGUCUUCUGGAAGGCCAUGAGCGUGUCUGAGGCCAGAGGGAAGAUCCUGGAGUACCGGGUCCGCGUUUACGGCGCCAAGUCCGAGGUGAUGUGGACCAGCAGCCUGGGUGCCAACGUGACUAGAACCUCCGUGCCCUUCUGUGACCUCUGCCGGGUGGCGCUGUGGGCCAUCAACUCCCGAGGCAGCUCUCCUCCUGCCAACAUCACAGCACAUCAUGCCAAAGCUGGAGGUCAUUUGCAGGUGCGCACGCAGGCAGACCAGCACGGUGUCGCCCUCUGGUGGAGCGCAGCUGCACGUGCAGAACACCACGUGGUGCUGGAAUGGUACCUUGACGGACUGAUGACGCAACACCUGAACUGGCUCCGCCUACCCGGAACACAGCGCCACGCCCACAUCACAGGACUAAAAUCCUCCGAGUGCUACCAGGCAACUAUUUACUUUUUCCAUGAUGAAAGUACAAGUACUACCAGCAACUUUCAACUAAGUAUCAACCAAACAGUUCCUCAGGUUGGUCCGUCAGUCCAACAGGAAGUGGAAGGCAAGAGUUUAAAGGUCAUGUGGGCGGAGCUUCCUCGGGCUGAGCGAGGAGGCUGUGUGACCAACUACACCGUCUACUUGCAGCACUUGGAUGGACACGUACUCUCAUACUUGGUGCCAGCAUCACACAGGAAGUUGCUCCUCUCAGAUCUCCAUGCAGGUGUUUACCACGUGUGGAUGACCGCCUCCACGUCUGAGGGGCAAAGUCCUGCUGGUCCAAAAGUCAGAUUUUACAUCCAAUCUGCAAAACAAGAAGUUUCGCGGUUCCUCUUUGUUGGUUUCAUCAUCCUGCUGCUGAUGUCGCUCCUGAUGUGCUGCCAGAUUUCUCUCGGGAAAAAAAGGUGUGUGGGACUUUUGUGCUUCCUGUCCAAAGUUCCAGACCCUGCAAACAGCAAAUGGGCAAAAGAAUGCAGCCAGGAGACGUUUGAGGAUGAAGAGAAGUUCCAGCUGAGUGAGUCCAGCAUGAAGGGAGGAGGAGGUGGAGGAGGAGGAGAAGAAGAAGAGUUGAUCACAGAAGUGGAGGAGCUGUCAAAUGUCAAGAUGGACGCCUCUUCACCAUCCAUCAUCAGCACCUACAUCAAGACUUACUGCCAACCUUCUCUCUCUCACACCUCCUUCUGCUCACAUCUCACUCACCUUCACCACCAGGACCUUGACCUCCACCACCUUCAGGACCAUGGCCUUCACCACCUUCAGGACCAGGACCUUCACCACCUUCAAGACCAGGACCUUCACCACCUUCAUGACCAUGGCCUUCACCACUUUGGCCUGAAGGACCAUCACCUUCACCACCUUCAUGACCAGGACCCCCACCACCUUCAUGACCAGGACCCCCACCACCUUCAGGACCAGGACCUCCACCACCUUCAAGACCAGGACCUUCACCACCUUCAGGACCAUGGCCUUCACCACCUUCAUGACCAUGGCCUUCACCACCUUCAGGACCAUGGCCUUCACCACCUUCAGGACUAUGGCCUUCACCACCUUCAAGACCAUGGCCUUCACCACUUUGGCCUGAAGGACCAUCACCUUCACCACCUUCAAGACCAGGACCUUCACCACCUUCAGGACCAUGGCCUUCACCACCUUCAAGACCAUGGCCUUCACCACCUUCAGGACCAUGGCCUUCACCACCUUCAAGACCAUGGCCUUCACCACCUUCAGGACCAUGGCCUUCACCACUUCGGCCUGAAGGACCAUCACCUUCACCACCUUCAUGACCAGGACCUCCACCACCUUCAGGACCAGGACCUCCACCACCUUCAGGGCCAGGACCUCCACCACCUUCAAGACCAGGACCUUCACCACCUUCAGGACCAUGGCCUUCACCACUUCGGCCUGAAGGACCAUCACCUUCACCACCUUCAUGACCAGGACCUUUACCACCUCCAGGACCAUCACCUUCACCACCAGGACCUCCACCACCUUCAAGACCAGGACCUCCACCACCUUCAAGACCAGGACCUUUACCAUCUUCAUGACCAGGACCUUCCCCACCUUCAGGACCAUGAGGAUGACGAGGAAUGUUCACGCAUGAUGACCUUCAUCCCUGCUUCAUACUCCUUCACGCACACACUCGACCUCACGCUAACCCUCGAUACUGUACACAUCGACUGUGGUAUCAUAUUUGAUAACUCAUGAUAAACAUCGAAACUGUACACGUUGAAUGUGGUAUAUUUAAUAGCUCACGAUAGACAAUACUGUACACAUCGGCAGUGGUAUCUUAUUUGGUAACUCACAAUAGGCUUUGAUACUGUACGCGUUGACUGUGGUAUCAUAUUUGAUACACCUUGAAACUGUACACGUCGACUGUGGUAUCAUAUUCGAUGACGCACGAUAGACUUGGAUACUGUACAUGUUGACUGUGGUAUCAUUUUUGAUAACUCACUUUAGACCUCAAUACUGUACACGUCGACUGUGGUAUCACAUUUAAUAACUCACUAUAGACCUGGAUACUGUACACGACUUUGGUAUCAUAUUUGAUAACUCUUGAAAGACCUCAAAACUGUCCAUGUCGACUGUGGUAUCAUAUUUGAUACACCUUGAAACUGUACACGUCGACUGUGGUAUCAUAUUCGAUGACGCACGAUAGACUUGGAUACUGUACACGCUGACUGUGGUAUCCUAUUUGACAACUCAAGACCGCAAUACUGUAUACAACGACUUUGGUAUCAUAUUUGAUACACCUCGAUACCGUACAAGUCGACUGUGGUAUCAUAUUUGAGACCUAGAUACUGUACACAUCGACUGUGGUAUCAUAUUUGAUAACUCACGAUAGACCUGGAUACUGUACACGUUGACUGUGGUAUCAUAUUUGAUAACUCUUGAAAGACCUCAAAACUGUACAUGUCGACUGUGGUAUCAUAUUUGAGACCUAGAUACUGUACACAUCGACUGUGGUAUCAUAUUUGAUAACUCACGAUAGACCUGGAUACUGUACACGUUGACAGUGGUAUCAUAUUUGAUAACUCUUGAAAGACCUCAAAACUGUACAUGUCGACUGUGGUAUCAUAUUUGAUACACCUUGAUACUGUACACAUCGACUGUGGUAUCAUAUUUGAGACCCGGAUACUGUACACGUCGAUUGUGGUAUCAUAUUUGAUAACUCAUGAAAGACCUCGAUAUUGUACGCGUCGGCUUUGGUAUCAUAUUUGAUAACUCACAAUAGACCAGGAUACUGUACACGUCGACUGUGGUAUCAUAUUUGAUAACUCACGAUAGACCUGGAUACUGUACACGUCGACUGUGGUAUCAUAUUUGAUAACUCACGAUAGACCUGGAUACUGUACACGUCGACUGUAGUAUCAUAUUUGAUAACUCACGAUAGACCUGGAUACUGUACACGUCGAUUGUGGUAUCAUAUUUGAUAACUCAUGAAAGACCUCGAUAUUGUACGCGUCGGCUUUGGUAUCAUAUUUGAUAACUCACAAUAGACCAGGAUACUGUACACGUCGACUGUGGUAUCAUAUUUGAUAACUCACGAUAGACCUGGAUACUGUACACGUCGACUGUGGUAUCAUAUUUGAUAACUCACGAUAGACCUGGAUACUGUACACGUCGACUGUGGUAUCAUAUUUGAUAACUCACGAUAGACCUGGAUACUGUACACGUCGACUGUAGUAUCAUAUUUGAUAACUCACGAUAACUGGUUUUGCUGAAUUUCCCCCAGGAUUCAGUAAAGUACUUUCUACUCUA